CGCCCGUUGUCCCGGAAGUGUCUGUGGACAAUGGCGCCCAGGCGGUAGUUAGCUCAGUGCGGCGUCGAAUCGAAAAAAGCUGUCCGCUUCUGAUUCUUCGCGGGAUGGCGGACCGCAGCAUCGGCUCCUCGGCGCAUCUGGAGCGGCUGCACGAGAUUUUUCGGGGCCUUCAUGGGGAGCUGCAAAGCGUCCCGGAGAGGCUGCGCGGGAGUCUCGCGGUUGAGGAGAAAAAAAAGUUAAUGCGAGAAUUUGAUGAAAAACUAAAAGAAGCAAAUGAAACAUUACGGGAAAUGGAGGAAGAACUGAAAUAUGCCCCAGUGUCCUUUCGCAAUCAAAUGAUGGUCAAAAUUCGGACUUACAAAGGAGACCUUAGCACAUUCCAUAGGAAAAUGAAAAGUAUGGAUUUGGGAGCAGUUCCAAGUGCACGUGGGAAUUCAAAAUUUGGAAUCUUCUCUACAGAAAAUGAGCAGAGAACUCACAUGCAGUCUCAGAGGGUGUUACUGCUUCAGGGAACGGAAAGCUUGAACCGAGCCACUCAGAGCGUAGAACAUUCACACCAAGUUGCUGCAGAAACUGAUCAAAUUGGUAGCGACAUCAUUGAAGAACUCGGAGAGCAGCGUGAGCAGCUGGAACGCACUAAAGGCAGGUUAAUAAACACAGGUGAAAAUUUAAGCAGAAGUCGGAAGAUCCUACGUUCCAUGUCAAGAAGACUUACGACAAAUAAAUUGUUACUCUCUAUCAUCAUCAUCCUGGAAAUAGUCAUCCUGGGAGGUGUUAUCUACUACAAGUUCUUCGCCUAAGCCUUCAAGAGACGUGGCUUUUCUGCCUUCCUAUCUUCUAUCCACCGCAUAGACAAUCCUGGGCAACAGCUGUCUGACAUAGAUUGAAAAGGUGGAUUUUAUUCACUACAUUUAAGAGAUAAUGCUGGCUUGUGGUCAAUCUCAGCAUGUUCUUCUGAGAACAGUGCAGAGCUACUGGGAGGAAAUGUGGUUGGAGAAAAGACAAACCGUGAACUACAUUUGCAAAAUAAUACAAUAUUUGUUUAUGCUGAACAUAUUAACUUGUGACCCAGCGGUUUGAUCUCCCAACCGAAAAAAAUGAACAUUUCCAAAGCUGAGCAAAGACUUCAGAAUGUAGUACACUUGGUUUUUGUUCUGUUCGCUUGUAUAGCAGAUCAGCACAACUAUACAUAAUGCCCUUUGUGUGGUAUCUCCUGCCACUUGGGAGAUCCUAAAGCCGUACUUGCUCUUCACUGUCUGAUUCAUCUGGUGAACCAGGUGUUGGCAGAUUCUCAAAAACAAUGUGUGCUCCUUCUCUUGUCUGCCCAAAGCUUGUAGCAAUCACAUCUACUGCCAAACCAGCUGUUGCAUUCACUUCUUCCUGUGAAGGUCCAAGGAAUGGAUUUACUUCUACAAGGUCCAUAGCUGACAGCAGGCCUGAGAAAAUAAAGGCAGUGAGUUAUUUGGGAGCAAAAGACAGAAAUUUGCAGUAGUUUUAAAAGCAUCUCUUGAGCCAAAUGACAGCUCUGUCUCAUUACAUGUAGCAUCAAAAUCCAGUCUUCACCCUGACUUUUGUCCAAAGCAGCAACAAUUUCCAGUAGUUUUGUUUUUUAAAGGCUUUGUUGUUACCAGGAACAGAUGAAUGGUUUAAUGUUUAAAGUAUGAUAUAUGCCUUUAAAACUCCCUGACAGCUCUAAUUAAACUAUAUCAAGAAGAAAGUUGAAGAAGUUAUAAAACAAAUAUACAGGUAACAAAAGGGAGUAGUGAUGACAACUGUGGGAUAAACUGGGAACAGUGGCUUCUCUAAACAAGGUUAUGUUUCCAUAUAGCUUAUGCUAAAGUUUGGCAACAUAGCUUGUAAUUUUGUUUUGUUUUACUAAUGAGGAAAGAUAAAUUAGGUGGCAUCUGAAAGCUCGAAAGAACUUACUAUUGUCUUCUUCAGUCCAGGAUGCUUCUCAUGAAUCCUUGAAAGGGCGAGAGCGGAAUAAAAGGAUCUAAACUUCUACUA